CGUGGGAAUUAUAGAAUAUAGCUUGUUAGGUAUGACAGUACAGUUAUUAGACCUCCCAGAAAGUGUUCAUGGCAAAAUCAUUGAUCAUCUUUAUCAACAAGAUGUGGUUAAUUUAGCCCAAACCAAUUUUAAAUUUUAUAGACCAUGUAUGAAGAAGUUGUAUAGAAGGCUACAAAUAUGUAAAGAUCCGAUAUUGAAAUCUGGAGGAGGAGGAAGAAGAGGAAGAAAUUUUAAAGAUAGUUUAUUUAGUGUUAUUGGAGGGUUUCAAAACCGAGAGAUCAAUGGGAAAUUUCAAAAUCAAUUGAUUGAGGCAAGGAUAAAGACAUUGAUUAGGUCAUUGAUGGUUAAUCAAGAGUUGAUUGGGUAUAUACAGGAGGUGGUGGUUGAUAGGAGGGGAGUUGAAGAGGGAAGUAGAGAUGUGGUGAAUGAGUUAAUUAAGAUAUUGGGGGAUGAUUGUAAGGUUGUUACAAUGGGGGGAAAUAAGGAGGUUGGGGAUAAGAUGAUCGAAAUUGAGUUGGAUAUUGGAGGGGUAAAAGAAGAGAAGAUGGGGGACAAGUUGAGAAAGAAGAUGGAAGAGAGGAUAAGAAAUCAGAUGGAUGAGAAGAUACGAAAGAAGAAAAGUGAAAGUGGGGUUAGAAUUAGAUAUUAUCACAGUGAACAUGGCCAAGAGCAAGAAGAAGAAGAACAGAGAGAACGGAGUGAAAUCCCAGGCUUACAAGAGCAGCAAUAUCUUACACAAUUAGAAGAUUUGAAACAUCACACACAAAAACAUCACACAUAUCUGAGGCAUGAUCCAAAGUUUACACAUCUGAGAAAUGAUGCAGAAUUUACACAUCAAAUGGACCCUAAACAUCCGGGAACCCUUCCACACAAUAAAGAUCCCACACACCCAAAUCUGAAACAUUUGAAUGAUGGUACACGUGUGAAAGAUUUUACACAUGUGGGAGAUUGUAAUCCAGAUUUCACAGAUCUUCUACACCUCCCUGAAGAAGAUCGCCAAGAUCUUUCAGAUUUUGACGAGGUAUCGAUAUUUUUUGGUUGCGACAACCCCUCCUGUAACCAGACCUGUUACCCUGUCCUAUCCUCCGUAAUGAGCACCUUUCUCACCUUUACCACAGUUGAAAGCCUCUCAUUCAAUCAGAUCAACUCCACCCACCAUAUUAACACACAUGAAGAUUCUGUCCAAUGGGACUUGACCGUUUUCCAAAUCAUAUCUCAAUCCAAUAUUUCAAACCUAUCUCAUCUCCUAAUUGAUCAUAAAGUGAAAGAAUUAUUUGAAGAUGGAGUCGAUGGGAAUUACCUAAAAAGAUUAUCCCUCUAUACAGAAACGCUCCCAAGACUUUUGUCCGUUAGUCAACGGCUCAUAACGUUGGAAAUGCCACAUUUCCUAACAGUUGUUGCAUGUUAUGAACAACCCAUGAAUAAUUUAUUAUGGAACGGAUGCAAAUGCGCGCACUGUAACGUCCAUCUAGGCAUAUUGGAUGAGUUUAUCAUGCUGCAUAAGAUUUAUCUGGCCCAACAUCAUUGUUGGAAAGAUUUAAUUAGUUGUCAUUUUUUUAUUAGUCUAGGCGAUGAGUUGGCAAAAAGAAGGGGUGAAUGCAGCCAUCGAUCGACUAAUGACCCACUUUUCAAAGUUGGAUGGGACCUACACACCAAUCGAUCGGGAUUACCCUUCCUUUGCUUGAAUCAUCAUACAGUGGAUGAAGGAGAAUUCGAUGAAGAAGAUAAAGAAUUUUUCUACGAUGCUCCGAUGGAACCAAUGAGAUGUGACGUCACGGGGAGAAACAAGAGCACUACUUCAAUCGAUCAAUUAGCAAUCUGUAUGUCUCAUUACUUCAACGAUAUCUUGUUGAAGAUGGUUGCUCUUAAGCGAGGUGACGCAGAAUCAUUUACAUUGGGAGGUGAGAAUGAACAUGAUGGAGAUUAUGAGCAAGUGUUCAAGGAGAUCGAGUUAAACGGUGUGCUCUAUGCAGUGGGGAAUGAAGCCAAUGGUACUAAUUGGAUAACGUGUAUUCUGGAUGGUGCAUGAGGGUGACGUAAGUAGUGAGAGUAAACAAUGUUGCAGGACCGGUGUGUACCGGGUGUGGAAGACGUUGGAAAGUAGCACCUGGUGGGGAGGUCCAUGGGCUAUGCUAUGGGCUAUGAACUGUCAAUUUUCCGCUUUAGUCCAACCUGUCACUUUCGUCUCGAUGCACACAUACCCGGAUCGGAUAUGUAUCUUUGUUCACCUUGAGGAAAUGCCAUUUGAUCAAGGGCUUGAAUGAUUUUUUUUUUUUUUUUGCUUAUUUGAUGUCGUAUCUGUUGAUGUACGUCUAGCUGCAUCAGCUACCGUUUAUUCCAUUAUUUUUUCUCCCAAUUCCUCCUAUUCCUGCACGCUGUGCACGGUUUUUCUGAUGAGCUGGAUUAUGUGCAGCCUGGAGAAAAAUAAACUAUGUGCAAAAUCUCUGGCGUUAACAACGUCACCUCCCAUACUGGGAGCGCCUAGCGCUAUCUUAUGUAAUCUAAACUGCGAGAAUAAACAGAAAAAAAUCAACAUUGAAAACAAUGCAAUGCAAGUAAACGGGGUCCCCUAUCCCUCACACUCUCUCCAGUGUCGCCUUAUCGGGAGGUGGCCAAAAAGGGUUUUUUUAGCUU